GUACGCUUCUGCAUCCAGAAGCAUCAAAGCAAUAGGUAGAGUGAUAUUUGUCCCGGUGAUCCCCAAUCGAUCAAUUUCUUCACGUGAUAUUCCUCCCGUGCAACCGUCCUUUAAAAGAUUUUUUUCAGUAUCUACAGUUCUUAGCAAAACUUCGAAUCCCUCUUCGGGGAUAGAAUAUUGGUUCGUCACGUAGAAGCCCUCGGGUUUCCCUCGGGGAAAGUUCUUUCGAUUUUCGUCUCGUUCCGCCUCGUCAAAGAAUUUUUCUACAUCGUCAUUGCUACGAAAGGUUGCUUCCUCCUCCUCAUCGGUAUCCCCGUCCUCUGCAAUGCGGUUGUCCACCUCGAAAUCCCGGUACUCUGUCGAGCAAAAAUAUUUUCGGAGCCUCCGGUUACGAGGCCAGGGAGCAGCGUUGGUGGGUUUCGGAAGCGCCAAGUUGACCCGUGCGCUUGCCACUUCGUUUGCGAAAAGCAAGAAAUCUCGACAAGCGAGCUGCCUUUUCUGGAAAGACUGCCGAAAUGCGUUGGAAAGAUCGACCCAAAAAUACAACAGGAUCACCCCAAAGAACGAUUUUGUGACUAUUUUUUUCAUGAUUUUGCCGUUCUCGUCAAUCUGCGUCUAAAUUCAGACCACUCUUGUAUUUAAUAUCUCAAAUCGAUGAAACAGUGCUCUCUAGUGUCAUAACAGUGUGAGAAUUGCUGGCUGUACAGCAAACGAAUCGCACUUUUUCACCUCAAAUUGACUGAAAAGAUGACAAAAACGAAAUUUUGUCUUGUUUCUCGUUCAUAGUGAUGUGUUUUGAUGUAGUUUUUGUGACACAGAUCGUUUGCUAUCUUACAUUUUUUUCCUCAUGAUGUUUGUUGACACAAACUAGAAGCAGUUACGUUCUUUACUUCGUACGUGGUUACAACAUUUACUGUCUGUCACCACUAAAAGGAAGGUUUCAUAAUUCAUACUACUAAAAUUUAUUAUUUCUAGUACAGUAUUGUACUGUACCAUAACCGUUGAGCAGCUCAACAUUUCCAUGUACUCAGCGCUCGUAGUAUUUUCUAGGUACAUUAUUUUGUUGAGCAAAUCUCGCGUACAAACACUAAUUAUUUUUUUGCUUAAGUACAUGCACCUCAACAGGUUACAAAGCGCGCGGACUGAAUUUUGUAACCAGAAUUUGUAACCAAACCCUUUCCUAAGGAGAGCCCAAAUUUUUACACGAUACUACUGCUAGUCUGGUUACAUUCUGGUUACAAAAAAUAGGGUCUGGUUACAAAAACAGGCGCACCGGUGCGCUUGUGCGCGCUUGUAACCACAUGUAACCAGCGACCAACCUCAACAGGUACUUAAAAACUGUCUUGGUUGCUCACGAUUUUCAGUACUGAAUAGUACUAUUUGUAGUACAAAGUACAAGUACACGCUAAAAAUCGUGAUCAGUUUCUGUUGAAAAACUGAUCUUUUUUGCUAUUCUAGUACAAAGCUCACGUAGAAAUACCGUAGAAAUAUCGAAAAACACACUAUUUGCAGGGGGGAACAAGCAAAACACAAAAAAAGCAACAGUAUCAACCAUGAGGACCAGAAGCAACAAAUCAACCACACCUCCACCAACAAAGAAGAAGCCUCCGGCUAAGAAGAAGAAGAAGAAGGAGGACGAUGACAGCGUCGACUGCGGCGCGUGGCCAGAAAGCAGGGAGAUGUUGAGAGAACUUUCCCAGCAGUGCAGCGCACAGAAGAAAAACAAGCUGUUCUCCUCUCAGGAGGAUCCAAGCUUUAAGGUGAUUGGUGCUAAGGUAAGUUGAACAGAAGAAAACACCUGUGCUGGAAGAAAGAAGAAGAAGGCGCCGCCGCCGCCUGCUGCGCCCAGUCAAACAAGCGCACCACCAACGACAACAAGGAGGGAAAGAAUCCAGUUGGCGCCGGAAGAAGCAGCAGCAGGAGCUGCUGCAACAAAACCACGAAGAGUAUCUCUUGAUCAAGCAGACAAGACCACAGCAACACCAGCAGUGAAUCGAAGACCACCAAUCCGCAAUCCGUACACAAUCAACAAGAAACGCACCGGCGUAUCCUCCACAACAGCGAAAACGAAUAGCAAGAACAAGAAACCACCAAACAAAAAGAAAGCUCCAUCAGCAGCAGCAAAGAAGAAAAAAACAACUGCACCAGCACCAGCACUGGCGCCUCCCCCACCACCACCAGCUGUUGCCGCUGCUGUCGUCGAAUCGGAAGAGGGGGCAUUAACACAGUUCGAAUAUGCAAAGAAGCUGAUAAGCAAUCCAAACGCCUUCAACACACUUGGAAGUGAUGAGUAUGCAAAUGCAGAAUCAAGCAGCAAAGGGUAUGCAACGAAGAGACAAGGAUGCCUCAAGCGCUUUGUUCAAACAAUCCUUGAGGCUACGAAUCCUGAAACAAACACACCAGGAAACAAAGUGAUGUAUGAGAUGUUCACCAAGAAGGUUCCUACUAAUGAUGGAUUAACUGAAGACUACUUAUUCUACAAGAAUGUUGGAGGCAAACCGAAUGCUCUAAAGAAGACACUAAUGAAUCAAGCCCUUAUGAUCUGGACUCUUAAUAUCAAGAACACGAAGACCAGCGAGCCCCUUGAUACGAAUACUCAUUCGGUGUAUGUUCGAGUGUUAUUCUCAGCUUUUCAUGAAAAGGGGAUCCAGUUCAAUGAAGCUGACUUCAAAGGGAAGGGGUCGUUCCUCAGUGCAGUAAAGCUUGACUUCAACAAGAAAAGAGCUGUCGACCCAACACUGGGAACCAAGCGAACAAAGGCUGCCUUCGAUGAGUAUGGGGAUGAGAAGUUUAUGAGCUUGCUUGCGCGUGGAGUGUACAAGCCUUAUACCGACAUGAAGGACUUGCUGAAGAUCCUCACCAUGGAACUGGGUCGACAGUUUGGUCUCAGGGGAAGGGAUGAAAUUGUCUUUCUUAAUUGGAGCUUCAUGAAGCUUGGAAGCUAUUCUCAUGGCAAAAUGGGGAGUGAUCGGUAUGUAGUUAUUGCUCCUGGCGGAGGCUUUGACAAGGGGAAUCAGCUGGGGUUGAGCAAUCCGACUGUGAAUGAGAUGUUCCCAAUGGUCGUUGAAGACAAAAACAAUCCAUACUGUAUUGUCAAGCUGAUCUUCUUCUAUCGAGACCGAUGCCAUCCAGAACAGCAAAGGUUCCUGUGCUAUGUCAACGAGCACAGACACAAGGAUUGUCCCUAUUACUUCAAAGCCGGCAUGCCAGUUGGCCAGGAUGCUGUUCGGAGGUGGGUGAAGGAAAUUGCCACAGCGGCUGGAUACAAGGAUGCGGAGAAGUUUACUCCUCAUGAUAACAGGCAUCGAUGCUGUACUGUGUUAGCAUCCGAUGUGAAUGUUCCUGAGAAGCUCAAGAUGAAUCAUCUUCGGCACCGUAGUGCAAAGUCCUCUCAAGUGUAUGAUCAUGCAACGUCGACAACUCAGCAGCGAGUACAAAACACUCUUCAUGCUGGAUUCAAUUACAACAAGAAGCAGACGAGCGUUGAGAAAAAGGAGAUAACUCAUCAUCGUCGAAGCAAGAACCUUCCAGCAGCGACGAGCAAUGAUAGUAGUAGUAGUACAAAGCAACUUUCUUCAUCCCCCGGUACUGAGUUGAAAGUGGAACUUCUUGCAGAGCUAAAACGAGCAUCCGCAGUUGCAGCAAAAAGAAAAGCUGAAGCUGUCGAGUCCUCUGUUGUUGAUACUAGUAGUAGUAGUAACGACAAGAAGCAACGUCGACUCACCGAGCUUGAAAAGGAUCUUGAUGAAGCAAAGAAGACGAUUGCGGCGCUUACCAGUGAGUUGCAGGAAAAGAAGCUUGCAAUCGGAAUUCAUGAGGGGAAGGAUGUAUUCAAGCAAAAAGAACUUGAAUGGGAGAAAGAAAAGACUGCUUCCCUUGAAAAGAAACUAGAGUCUGCCGCAAACGAGCUGAAGCUUCAACAGCAGCUGAUUGCAACAAUGCACCAGCACCAGAGACAUUCGAUGUGUUUUAUUAUGUAAGUGAUUCACUCUUCUGUGUUGCAGCAGCAGUCGUUGCUGGUGUUUGCUUGCUUGUUGCUACUAAUAAGAACUGAGCUUGCUACUGCUGAGGGGAGCAAAAAGCUUCCGGCAACAUAGCAGCGGCAAUACAAUUAGUAGCGUGAAGAAUAAUAUAAUGAUUUCUAAUCA